CUGGACUCGGUCGCUGAGGAUGAGACAUAGGUAUACGCUCUCUCGGAUAAGAGCGGUCUUGCAACGUCAUGGAGGUCACCAAGUGUCACGCACGUCGUCAGAUCGGGAUUGUUGUCUUGGCCGCUGCCGUGUCUAGGUCGCUUGACCCAUCAUGGCCCUCGGUGCGAGCGAGACUGGACAGGUCACCCUGCAAUGGACCCAAGCAUCUGUCUGUAUAAAUAGCGGCUUAGCAUAUCUUGUCAAGCGUUGUCGGGGAGGACUGGCCUGGAAAGUAGCAGUCCCCGGCCGGCCCAACAGCGAGGUCAUCUCCUUGAGUCUCCCCUACGACGUGCCCGGUCCGGCGCUGUUAAAGCGCAAGGACUUCAAACACAAAAUUAUCAAGUACGGACCCGGCAUCUUCGACGAGACUUUGAAUUCAACCCUCAGUCUAGCAGCCAACGGGACGGUUUCCGGCACGUAUGCAGUACAGAAAGCCCAGUAA